UAAACAGCUGAUUUAAAAAACAUUAUGAAACUUUUGUUUUUAUAAUUUGCCAAAUACAUUUUUAUAUAUUUUAACUUGAUAAUUUAAUAUGUUGCGGCAAUUACGUACAUUAAGUAAACGAUUACCACAGAGUUACUGUGCAACAUUUCGUGGUUAUUCAGUAAAAUCGGCAAAUAUUUCAACAAGAACAGAGGCUAAAGAAAAUCUGGAUGCUCCAGUACAGUUUUUCGGAAGUCAAGCGGCAAGUUGGAGUGCAAGAGCAACACGCAGUGGAGGUGCAGAUGAUCCAAAUGCGUUGCCCUAUCAACCAUAUGUUAUUUCUAUAAGUUUGGGAAUUUUUAUUUUAUAUUUUUUGGUCUUUCGAGAGGAAAACGACAUUGAUAUUAAAUUAGGUGGUAAUCUAUAUGAUCAUGUACGUGGCUUAGAAGAAAAUCAAUUAUAUCUUGCUUACAAAUAUAACAUAGAAAAUGGAUUGGAUACAAAAGAUAUAGAAAGGCGGCUUAAAGAAUUGGGCAUUGACAUUAAACAGGUUAUAGAAGAAAAUAAUUAAUUUUUUAUUUAUAAAAGUCAUAUGUACAAUUAAUAUGCUUUAUUUAUUUAAAUUCG